GCACAGAGUGAAGGAGGCCUCAAACCAGUUUUUUAUUCUCUGAUGCCUAAGGUCCAUAACAACUCCUGGCAGAGAUGAUAGUGACUAAGAAGUGUUUGACAAUACAUAGGAUCCAAAGAUCUAUUGCCAGAUUACCUGCUUUGUUGCCCCUGAUCCUUGCCAAGAUAUGCUCGGCAUCCUUCUACAGAAGCACCUACUGCACCUUGUGCUUUAUCAACUUCAUGCUGCUCGUGAAUGUCAUGGCAACUCCCUUAUGGCUCCGACACGACUAUGUGGACGGCUAUUUUGUUUUCGGAUUGUGGGCCAUAUGCAACCAUCAGCUAGAGUGUGACGACGUUUUUCUCCCCGUCAAUGAAUAUCUGCAUGUGGUCCGUCUCCUUUUGAUACUAGCCUUAAUCAGUGAUUUCGUUGCCCUUUUUUUGUCAUGGGAGUUUCUUGCUCAGAUCGUGAGAAGGGUGGUAUCCGAAAGCCUGCUUUCUUCUGUGGCCCACUUCGGCGCAGGUUUCUUUCUGCUCUGUUCUUUAGUGGUUACAUACUGCAAGCUUGCAACUGAGGUUGAUUCAGAUGGGACUCAUGCAGCACCAUACCUGGGAUUCUUCGCAGGGUGCUUUGCCUGUUUCCUGUGUUUCCUCUUAGGAACCCUGAGUCUGCUGCAGCACAGGAGGUGGUUCUUUGGAAAUAAAAUAAUGAAGAUCUAAAUAACACCAGCCGUGGGUUCAAAGUGCAUUACUGUUGGAUCACAUGUGCAGUCUUUGGGCUGUACCCAUCAUCACAGGCAUUCUUCUCCAUAAGCCACAUACCAGUUCCUGGAGCCUGUCUAGAAAAUGGAAAUUCUGUGUGGUGAUGUCACUUAAUAGAGUCACU